CCCGUGGCCCGGAGCCAGCGCGCCGCACUUUACGUCCACUGGCCCUACUGCGAGAAGCGCUGCAGUUACUGCAACUUCAAUAAGUACAUCCCCCGCGGCGUGGACGAGGCUGCCAUGCGGAGCUGCCUGGUGACGGAGGCCCAGACACUGCUGCGGCUCAGCGGGGUGCAGCGGGUGGAGUCUGUGUUCUUUGGCGGAGGCACCCCGAGUCUGGCCAGUCCCCACACUGUGGCUGCUGUCCUGGAGGCAGUGGCCCAGACAGCUCACCUGCCCGCAGACUCCGAAGUCACGUUGGAGGUGAACCCCACUUCUGCCCCAGCCUCUAGGUUGGCAGCAUUUGGGGCAGCAGGAGUCAACAGGCUGUCCAUUGGCCUCCAGUCCCUGGAUGACACUGAGCUGCAGCUGCUGGGGCGGACACACUCGGCCAGCGAUGCUCUGCAGACACUGGCAGAGGCCCGGCGCCUGUUCCCCGGGCGCGUAUCCGUGGACCUGAUGCUGGGGCUGCCGGCCCAGCAGGUGGGACCCUGGCUCCGGCAGCUGGAGGAACUGCUGCGCCGCUGUGACGACCACGUCUCCCUCUACCAGCUGUCCCUGGAGCGGGGCACGGCCCUCUUCACCCGGGUGCAGCGGGGUGCCCUUCCUGCCCCGGACCCCGAGCGCGCUGCCGAGAUGUACCAGGAGGGACGGGCACUCCUUCGGGAGGCCGGCUUCCGCCAGUACGAGGUCUCCAACUUUGCUCGGCAUGGGGCGCUUAGUACCCACAAUUGGACGUACUGGCAGUGCGGCCAGUACAUUGGCGUUGGGCCUGGGGCCCAUGGGCGAUUUGUGCCCCAGGGGGCCGGGGGCCUGGCACGGGAGGCUCGGAUCCAGACCCUGGAGCCUGACAACUGGAUGAAGGAGGUGAAGCUGUUCGGUCACGGCACCCGGAAGCGCGUCUCCCUGGGCGAGCUGGAGCUGCUGGAGGAGGUUUUGGCGAUGGGGCUACGCACAGACGUAGGGAUCACUCACCAGCACUGGCAGCAGUUUGAGCCCCAGCUGACCCUGGGGGAUGUGUUUGGAGCAAGCGAGGAGGUGAACAGGCUGCUGGAUCAGGGCUUGCUGCUGCUGGAUCACAGGGGUCUUCGGUGUUCCUGGGAAGGUCUGGCUGUGCUGGACUCGCUGUUGUUGACCCUUCUACCUCGACUCCAAGAGGCCUGGCAGCAGAAAACCCCCUCCCCUGUGCCAGGAGGGUGACGGAUGUCCCUGCUUUCCAGGACAGAGUCCUGGGUGGGCUUGGGGCUGGACUGACACUUACAGACAUCUCAGCUCUCAUCACUGCCCAGC